AUGAGCCGGCGGCUCGAACAGGCGACCGAAGAGGCCAUGGUAAGCGGUGGCCUGGCGGGACAACGAGCAAUCGAGGACGCCGGCUUUUCAAAGGAACUUAAAGCGAAGCUCCUUGAUAGAGUACAGGACGCCAAGUUCCGACAGCAGUUUGCUGGGGCUUUUGCUGAGGUGGGGAUGCCGGCGGCGGCAGGAGUAGGGACGAGAGCUACGGCGAUGGCUCAACCUUGGACUGGCCAGGAGUCGACGGAAGAUGCGGUGCUACGCAUGCUGGAUGACUCCAAGAAGCCGCUUGGCUCUGGCCAGCGAGGCAAGUUUGAGCCGCCGCCCGUGGACAUGCGCAUCAAGAGGGAGCCAGUCCUCAGCACGGCGGAACGGGCAGGCCGGGCGCGCGACAAGGCACACUUCUACCCGACAAGGUCAUCCAUGGAGAACAGCAAAAGCAAAGUAAAGGGGGGUAAGAAUAGCAAGGAGACCAAGGGUAUGAGCGAAGAAGAAAAGGAAGGGUUUCGCGAAGAGUAUCGCGAGAGGUUCGCGCCAUUUGGCGUGCGGCGCGGCAUGCCCAACACUCUGGGUGGGUUGGCGGCCAUGGCCAAUGAGAGGAUUGAGGACGCGAUUGCCCGGGGCCAGUUCAAGAAUAUCCCGCGUGGAACGAGCAUCAAGCGCGAUGCGCGAGCGGACAACCCGUUCAUCGAUACGACGGAGUACAUCAUGAACAAGAUGAUUCAGCGGCAGGAGAUUCUGCCGCCGUGGAUCGAGAAGCAACAGGAUCUGAUGCGGCAGCUAGGGAAGUUCCGCGAGCGCAUCCGACGCGACUGGAAGCGGCACGUGGCUGACAGCAUCACGGCCUCGUCCCUGCGCGGUGGCGGCUCUCUGGCAGAGCAGAUGGAACGCGCUGAAUGGUUCGCUAAGGCAGAGAGGGUUAACAACCCUCGGUUACGCAGCGUGGAUCAGAUUCCCGUGCCGACAAACGUGACGGAGGAUCCCGUCAUGGUCAAAAUGCGCCAGCAGGUGGACGAGCGCCACAACGAAAACAAGAACGAGGACAGCAACGAAGAAGGAGCGUCUGCUCACGACGGAAUAGCACCCUUUCGUGAUGCCGCAUGGGAAGAGGCCCAAAAGGCGUAUAUGACUCUGGCGAUUAACGAGCUCAACGCCAUGACACGGGCUUAUAACCUCAUGGCGCCGGACUUGGCCAAGAAACCGUACUUUUCUCUGCAGCGAGAGCUGGCGUCGUGUUUCUCGGAUGUGGCGCCGCAGGUGGCCGGAGAGAUCAAGGACAGGGCUACCAGGCCGAAGAACCCGGCAGCGGCGUCGGCGAUAUGGAGCUUGGGUACCGGGAGCGCCGGUGUUGCUGAGAAGAAGGCAGUCGGGCUCAUGGAUCAUUUCCGGAAGGGGGACGACUAUCGGUCUAGUGUCCUCGAAUCUGGGGACAAGCCAUAUGGGUUCAAAGAGUGGUGGAGAGAUAUGAGGGGCCUCAGCAAGAGCGGUUAG